CUGCUGGAGGGUCGUGGUGGCAGGCUACAGGUGGAGACAGAAGAUUUGGGCUGCUGUUUCAGAUGCCUGUAUAGAGAACUGCUGUCACUUCAUGCAGCUGAGACUCAGCUACUCUCUCUCUGAGGCCAACCUGUCUAGCUCUGACUUCUCUUCCCUUGGUUCCAGUUAAAUAGUUUAUGAUCUUUAACCAGGAGCCUCCAGCCAUCUCCAACCCUUUUAACUGAGGAGUCUUCCCUCGUACUGCCUGAGGAGACUCAGACAUGGCGACAGACCCUGCGGCAGAGCUGCCUUUCUUCUACGGCAGUAUCAGUCGUUCGGAGGCUGAGGAGCACCUGAAGCUGGCAGGCAUGGCCGACGGGCUGUUCCUGCUUCGCCAGUGUUUGCGGAGCCUGGGCGGCUACGUGGUCUCUCUGGUGUGGAACGUGGAGUUCCACCACUACUCUGUGGAGAAACAGCUCAACAGCACCUACUGUAUUGCAGGUGGAAAGCCCCACUGUGGUCCAGCGGAGCUCUGUGAGUUUUACAGUAAUGAUUCAGAUGGCCUGGUGUGCACCCUGAGGAAGCCCUGUCUGCGCUCCCCAGACAACCCCAUCAGAGCAGGCGUCUUUGAUAACCUGAGGGACAACAUGCUGAGGGAGUAUGUACGACAGACCUGGAACCUGGAGGGGGAGGCCAUGGAGCAGGCUAUCAUCAGCCAGGCUCCACAGCUGGAGAAGCUGAUCGCCACCACCGCCCAUGAGAGGAUGCCCUGGUACCACAGCAAGAUACCUCGCCAGGAAGGGGAGAGGCGGCUCUACUCCGGGGCACAGCCAGAUGGAAAGUUCCUAGUCAGAGACAGGGAAGAGUCUGGAACCUUUGCCCUUUCUUUGAUGUAUGGAAAAACGACCUACCAUUACCAGAUCCUACAUGACAAAUCAGGAAAGUACUCCAUGCCAGAGGGAACCAAAUUUGACACUGUGUGGCAGCUGGUUGAGUAUCUGAAGAUGAAACCUGAUGGGCUAGUGACAGUUCUGAGGGAACCGUGUGUGAACCGCAACAACACCAAACAGACUCCUGUUGUGCCCUCGGGGAGGCGGCCCAGAACAAAUGGAUACACACCGCCACCUGGAGUACCUCUGGGGGGCUCCAAGGAAAUCAAGACUCCCCCCCCCACAGACCGUCCAAUGUUGCCCAUGGACUGCAGUGAAUUUGUCAACCCUUACCAUGACCCCAAUGACCUGAAGAAGUUCUUCAUCAAUAGGGAUCAGCUGAUGAUUGACGAGGUGGAGCUCGGCUCUGGAAACUUUGGCUGUGUCAAGAAAGGAGUCUUCAAAACAAAUAAGGGCCACACUGAUGUAGCCAUCAAGGUGCUGAAGAGUGAGAAUGAGAAGCUGGUGAAAGAUGAGAUGAUGAGGGAGGCGGAGAUCAUGCACCAGCUGAGUAACCCUUACAUCGUCCGCAUGCUGGGGCUCUGCCAGGCUGAGUGCCUGAUGCUGGUGAUGGAGAUGGCUUCUGUUGGGCCACUCAACAAGUUCCUCUCCACCAAUAAGGAUAAGGUCACAGUGGAGAACAUUGUGGGUCUGAUGCACCAGGUGUCUAUGGGAAUGAAGUACCUGGAGGAGAAGAAAUUUGUGCACAGAGACCUGGCAGCUCGCAAUGUCCUGCUGGUCAACCAACAGUUUGCCAAGAUCAGUGACUUUGGUCUGUCCAAAGUUUUGGGUGCUGAUGACAACUAUUACAAGGCACGCAUAGCAGGAAAAUGGCCGCUGAAGUGGUAUGCUCCAGAAUGCAUGAACUUCCACAAGUUCUCCAGCAAGAGUGAUGUCUGGAGCUUUGGUGUCACCAUGUGGGAAGCCUUUUCUUACGGAGGAAAACCAUAUAAGAAAAUGAAAGGUCCGGAGGUGACCAGUUUCAUUGCCAGUGGGAGCCGGAUGGAAUGUCCGUCUGGAUGUCCAGAUAGAAUGUAUGCACUGAUGAAGGACUGCUGGACAUACAAACACGAGGACCGGCCAGGCUUUGUGAAGGUGGAGGAGUGCAUGCGAAUCUUUUAUUACUCCAUAUCCAACAAAACUCCUCCUGACGCUGCUGAGCCUCUCAAGUAGACCAGAGACAACAGACACUCUGUCCCCCCGCCAUACAGUGCAUUCUUUGAGAUAGACAAAGAGAUUCUUUUGAACUAGUCUGGUCACUAGCUAACAGCUUCAGCAACAGGCAGCUACAGUAAACAGCUAAUCAAGCCUUAUUGGCACAAAUGUGAGUUUGUAAUGAAAGUCAUUCUUGUGAGGAUGCUCCUCUUCUGAAAGGUAGCUCAAGACUCCAUCAUCCGAGGUUUGGAAUAGUUUGAAAGAAACGCUUCACAAAGAAUUGUGCAUGGUAAAAUUACAAUUUGAAAGUGUAAUGAUUCCUUGGGAGUACUUAUACUAUAGGUCAAUUGUGAAUUAUAUUUAAGUGCUUCAGCUCUGUAUACAUUCCUUAAUAUGUCAUAAUUAAACAUUUUCACAGAA